AUGCUCCAAGCAGGAGUGAUUUUGGGGUGCAAGAAGAAAAAAAGUCGUAAUAAAGUUGGGCCUUUAAAGGUUAAUGGGCUCAUGGUGAGGAGGGCUCAGUCAAUUGGGGAACUGGACUUUGACGUAGGCCCUUUAAAGAAGAGCCUAGUUUCAACAUUAAGUCAAGAUAAAUAA